CUCGUUGCAGCAGCAGCCGCCGCUGUGGGAACGGACGGGCUGGCCUCAAUCAAAUGCUCGACGACUGUCUGGACUAAGCAGCAGGUUGACGCGGCCGUUGCCGAGGGCUGUCGCCUGCAAAAGGCCAACACGCCCAUUGGGAGGUCUUCGUAUCCCCACAAGUUCAAUAACUACGAGAAGCUCGUGUUUGCGGCUGCCAGCCCCUACUUUGAAUUCCCCAUCGUGCUGAACGGCAUCUACGCCGGAGGCGCUCCCGGCGCCGACCGCGUCGUCUUCAACCCCGACCUCAACAACUCGUGCGUCUACGUCGGCGCCAUGACGCACUCGGGCGCCAGCGGGAACGGCUUCCUGUCAUGCUCGGAGAAGCGCGACGGCUCGGGCAGCCCCUCGUCCACCGAGUCGAAGACCAAGACAAAGACGACGGGAACCGCGACAAAAACAACAACAGGCACAGCGCAGACGACGCUGGAAACAACGGCGAAGCCGGACACGACGGGAUCGGCGCAG